AUGGAUUCCACGUAUACUUAUCAAGAUGUGGUCGACAAUGCUAUCGCAGCCUUUAACCCCGUGAAUGACUCAAGCGACGGACCAACUUGUGUUAUUUGCGGACGAGAGUAUGGAAGCGCUGGGCCAAGUUUCGAGUAUGAUAAUAUCGACCUCCUAAGCCAACUGCCCGGCCGUAUCAGACGAAGAUAUAUUGAAGACACCGUUGAAGCCAUACAGACACCAUGCAAUCACACCUUCUGUCUCCGGUGCAUAAGUUUCUGGUGCCAGGACAAAGCGAUUUGCACAUGUCCCUUGUGCCGUCAUCCAAUUAUUCUUAGAAGGGAUCCUACCGAUCUCAUGCGUUCAGACCAGGACCUAUUUUGGGAUGAGAAUGAUGCGUUGUGCCUGCCGCCGAGUUGUAUUACCGCCUUGGGUUGGGAGACCCGCAGUAUUUUCAUGCUGCAAACCCGACAUCUAGUCACAACAAUGAAGCCUAUGCCCUUCCGAUGGAUCAAAGAAGUUAUGCUGCACGACCUACCUGUCAUCAUGGUCAGCGUCGCUCGUCGCUUCUACUAUCACGCUUUGAGACCGACGGAGACAGUACCGUGCGAUAUUUCGUCUCUAGCACGACACCACCCUGGGGAUAUCAUCAACGGAUUACCCGUUAUCCGCACUCUAGACGCAACGGUUCGUGACGAUGCUCCGAUUGCUUACCACGAAGACGCUUUUCGUUUGUAUGAGGGCUUGCGCGACAUCAUUAAUAAUCCGCGGGGUAUCGCUUUUGACAACGACGGAUCGUGUCAGAGCUGGGGGAAGGCUGUGCUGGCAGUCAUAUCUACACUUAUGGAAGAGAAGACGCUUGCCGGCACGAGCGGAGGCGUGUCACAGAAGAAAUGGUGGAUGUACGUAUGGUGCGUUAUCAAGGCUUUAAUGGUGUGGCAGGCGUACGCUGCGCGUUUGCGUGUUGUGUGGCGCUUGCGCCACGAGCAGGGCGAUUAUGAUUAGCACAGUUGAUGAAUAGAUUGUUGGACGGAUAGGGAGUGUUCCGAUAGCGAAUAAUCUCAUGGUCUUGG